UUAUUCACAGUGAAACACCUUGUAUAUUAGAUACCUCUUACCUGAAUGCAUUAAAUAUAUUAUAUCUGUGCACGUUAUACAAAGAUUUUAUGUUCUGGGUUUUCAAUCUACUAGAGGCUGCACUGAAAAAGUUAGAGGUAUUUGAGAUAUGUUACUGUAAAUGGAUACUUAGCAUGAGCUCGGUUGACAGAAUCACAAAUGAAGAAGUUCUUAAUAAAAAUGAAUAAAACAAACCCAGUUGUUGGCAUAAUUAAGUCGAGAAAGUAGAUUAUUUGUUUCCAUUCGAUGAUCCUAGCAGUCGUAGCCAAAGUUCACACGCAGCUCAGUUUGAAAUUAUUGCUGGUUUUUAGAUCCAGAGAAUUAGCCAACAGUCUAUUUAUAUUCAGAGCCUCCUUCAUGUACAAAGGCGCCUUAUCGAAUGUUGAUAAAAAAAAAUCUGUUAUUACUGGAUUUUUCGUAAUAAUAAUAGCUAUUUAUUUCCAACAUGCCACAGACCGCUUACAGGAAAUUCAAACAUAUUAAGCAAGUAAUAUGGCUGUUCCCCUAUCACUACACUGUUCAAGUUGUUAAAAAAAAUUAUUUGAAAAAUAACAAGUAAUCAAAGUAACUUCAGAAUCCGUUCCAGUGCAAGGGUGUUAAACCGAAUGGGAUAGGUGGUAGGGAAUUUAUUUCAGUGGCGAAGCAAGUGUUAUUCCUUAUAGGAGGGCUAAAUAAGCCUUUUAGGCUAAUAUUUUGGCACCAAUAUUCUAAAUUUCGCUUGAAAGGUAAAUGUUUAUUUUGAUUAUGGACGCUGUUACAUCACAAAUCUUCGUUUUUUUUAUAAGUUAGUUGUAAUUUUAGUGCUUCUUUAAAAGGUAAUUUACAGAAGGGAGUAGAAAAAUGUAUUUGUGUACUGGGGGAGGAUUUUCUCGAAUCUCGAACAGGUCAUGUCGCAUGCGAGAUGCCCUGUUCCAGAUUCGACAUAUCACCCCCUGUUCCUCCGUUUUCGCCAGUUACGCCGGUUUUUUGGAGUUGUUCAAAGUUCAAGUUUGAAACUAGGUCAUGUUUGUGUUAUCAAGAUACCAGUACGUGUUUCGGUAAUUGGCCGAAAUCGUUUACUCCAAACGUAAAGAAGAAAAAAUAUUCUAUGGUUUUGUUUUGUAUAUUCGAUAUCUUGUGACGUAUGGAAACCGACAAGUUUUUCAAAUCUUCCAGAGGCUUUAAAAACGUAAAACACUUGUGUAAAGUCUGCUUGGGGUCACACCAAAAAGUGUUACUGAAUUUAAAAGAGGAACUAUAUAUUGAAGGGCCUUACAUAUGGGAGGCCAUUGAAUACGUUACAUCGAGCAAGGUUGACAUAACCAGAUUUCCAGCAGCGGUCUGCGAAUUUUGCGUCAAGUCUUUAAGAACAGCCUACACUUUUAAAAAACGGUACUACAGCUCUUGUGAAAUUUUGGAUAAUUUACAGGUUUCUGAUACAAGUAUUGGAGAAAAAAUUGAGUUUCAAGUGCAGCCAUUCAUUAUUGAAGACAAUUUGGAAGAGUUUAUUGUGAAAAAAAAUAAAGUGGGUGAUAAUUUGAAAGAUAUGGGAGAGGAUAUUCAUGAAGAAUCUGUGAUAGAUGAUGUUGAAACCAUCAAAAUAGAAAUUGAUCCACUCUUUGAGGAAAAUAAAAAAGAAGAAAUACAGUACAAGUGCAAUGGGUGUAAUAAAAUUUAUUAUCCUAAAAAACAGUUUUACAUUCAUAGCUUAAAAUGUCCAAAUCCAUUGAAACAGGAACACAUAUUUGCAACAGUCAUCAAUAAGUUAGUGGCACAGUGCCCAAUUUGCUUCAAACUUUUAAAAUCACAGAAGCAGGUCAAUCAUCACAUUCAAAAUAUGCAUAACAGGGGUUCAAAACAGUUUGUAUGCAAAAUCUGUGGUCUUAUUUAUAAUGUGAAAUCAGCUCUUGCUUAUCACACCAUGACAAAGCAUGAAGAAAAGACAUUUACAUGCAAACUGUGUUCAAAAUCUUUUUACAGGGAAGCAUUCUUAAAAACACAUAUGGACCAUCACACCAAAGAUAUUGCUAAAACUGUAUGUACCAUAUGUGGUAAGAAAUUUCACUACAAGAACAGUAUGUUCUACCACAUGAAGAUGCACAAUAGGAUUUUAAAUUACAAUUGCAAGUACUGCAACAAAAGUUACUACAGUGCAAGUUGUUUGAAGAGACAUGAAGUGACUCAUACAAGAGUUCGUUCAUACAAGUGCUCGGAGUGUGAAAAAAUGUUUUUCUCCUCAUCUGAGCUAAAAAAACAUAGCUUUGUCCACACUAAUGAUAAACCGUUCAAAUGCAACUUUUGUAGAAAAGGUUUUGCUUCCAGUUAUAACUUUAAAAUGCAUUUGUUAACAUAUUCUGGGGAUUCUCCUUGUGAAUUGUGCCAUAAGACAUUUAUUAAUAAAGAAAUUUUAGGAUUUCAUUUAAAAAAGAAGCAUAAAGUGGUGUUUUAGGUUUACAAACUAGUUAAUUUAUCAGAAUUAAGUUUGUCAGAAAGGGCCAAUUUUCUAUUGCAUUAAUUAGUGAAAGAAUUUAAUUCACAAAAUUUUUCUGAAGUCUUAACUAACAUCCUGGAAGGAAAAAUACUUUGAGCAUAAUUAUUCUUAUAGGGUGAUUCAUAGUGGAUGGCAGGUUAGACAAUGAAAAAUAACUAAAUAAUAAAUAUAAUAAAUAAAUCAAAAGGAUACAGCAGUAGCAGCAUCUUUAAUGUGUCAAAUGGGAUGCCCUCUAUAUUAUUGCAUUUUUCACUGUAAUCACAUUUUUUAUUAAUGUUUUGUAUUAUUUUUUUUGUAUAUCCUUAUAUUUGUCUAUAGAGAGUUUGGAAAUAUCAAUAGUUUUCCUUAUUUUUUUGUUCAAAAUGUAACUCCAACAAAAUAUAUAUUACUGUUGUUUGAAUUCGUAGAAAACUGAAAUUUUGGGUUUAGUUUACCAAGUAGGAAGAUUGAGAGGUUUUUCUUGUAUACAAAUCAUUUUCUUAAACUGUAUUUUAUCGACUACGAGACUAUUCUGGGAUUCUGAAAUAAAAGAAUACCACUAUGCUAAUUAAAUGUGGACAUUCCGCCGAUUGCUGCACAUACCCUGGAUGGAUCAUGCAACAUACGAUGAAGUUCUAAGACCUAGAAUAGACAGGCAAUUAAUGGAUACCGUAAAAUAACGCAAAGUAU